CGGCAUUCGCGGCGGCGCCGGGUAUAUAACCGGCAUCCGCCCGGCUGGACCCUCCCCAUUCAGUCGCCCUCGUCAUCGGCGUUUCGCUUGUGGACCGUCCGUGCCGUUUCAUCCUCGACGUCUUGAUCUCCGCCGUCGCCGUCAGCAUGCCUGGGUAUUCCAGUGAGAGGGACCGCGGGUGAGCCUGAGGGGCUCGGUUCACUUAACACGCGGCCGGCUCCCCGAGGCUCCCGCCUUAAAAUACCGUCUGGGGCUGGGAUGGCGGGGGUCGUUAAAAUGGCGGCGGCGAGAAGCAGCCGUUUCCCGGCGACCGCUCGAGGCGCACGGAAUGGGGGGAGGGGGCGGAGGAAAAGGAUGAGCGACCUCCUCAGGGACGUCGUCGCUGGCCGAGGCCCGAUAGUUAGGGGGGGCGGGGGGGGAGAAGCGGGAGGUUAAUUUGACGGUGGUGUUCCGCUGAGGGGGGGAGAGAAAAAAAGGCAAUUUCGGCGGGGGGCGGGGAAGGGAAGCGCAGCGGGCAGGAGGCAGAAAAGGACGUGCGGACUGGGAUUUAUCUUCUCGCCGAAACCGGUUUCCCUUCCCCUCCUUUUUUUUGUCUCUGGACUCGGGCGGAUGUCAAUGGCUGGCCCCGCCAUGCGGCGACCGAGGGGGAAAUCAAAAUGCCGGCGGCUGCCUUUGUUCCUCCUCCGUCUGCUUCUCUCUAUCCCCGCCCCGGCGUCAAAAUGGACGCGCCGACUAGAAAAUGUGGCGUAGACGGAAAAGACAAAAGCGGGAGGGAGGGAGAGAGAGAGAUGGAGGGAGGGGGGAGACGCGCCUCGGCCUCCUUUGUGUGCGGCUUGGCGCGUUUGGGCGGGCGGCCUCCCCCGGCGCCACCCCUCUCCCCUGCCACGCGCCCCGGACAAAAAAGCCCAGUCUAGAAAUGGGAUUAAUUUAGGGGAACGAAGGCUAGGCGGGGGGUAGGCUAAGCGGGAUUUAGAAGCCCUUUUGGGUGCGCGCAGGCGCCUUAAGCCCCAUGCUUCGAAUUUCUCCCCCGGCUCUGAAUGAAGCGUUAAGAUAUGUGUCUAAAAAGAGAAGUAGCCUAAUCCCGCCGCUUGAAAAAGCUAGCUUCUUACCGGAACCGUGUAGGUUUCAUAACCAUCCCCGCCCACUUAGGAGCCUGACGCAAAGAGGGAGUGCCCGGCAAUUACCGACGGCGACGUUUGUUUUUGUAGCGUUAACCCAACUUCAGAUCUCUUUUCUAGUAUCUUACCAGUUCUGAACCUUACUGUGUUUUUAACUUUGGGGUUGGAAGCUAUGGGGUACAUAGAUGCCAGCGAUCGUUUUUUAAUAUGUCCCUUAACCAUGGCUACUUACGACACUGAAUUAAAUUUUGCUUUGGCAGGUUUGGUGGCCCUCGUUUUGGAGGAAGUCGAGGGGGAUCUUUAGGUGGGAAGAAGUUUGGGAACCCUGGAGAAAAGCUUACAAAGAAAAAAUGGAAUCUAGAUGAGCUUCCUAAAUUUGAGAAGAACUUCUACCAGGAACAUCCUGACGUUGCCAGACGUCCUAUGGUAUGAAAACUACUAACUUUGUAGACAAUGUUGCUUGAAUUGUGCUGUAAUUAAAGUGUGCUUAAAUCACUGUUUUCAUGAAUAUUAUGCCUGAUGAGUCGUGGUUUUUUUAUUUGCAGCAAGAGAUUGAACAAUACAGAGCAGGAAAAGAGAUCACAGUUAAAGGCCACAAUUGUCCAAAACCAGUUAUGAAUUUCUAUGAAGCUAACUUUCCAGGUAAGUAGUAAAUUUAUUGGUAGUAAAUACAUAUUUGUAUACUCUUUAAUAAAGUUGUUGGACUUAACUAGCAUACUUCCUUGCAUUUUAGCAAACGUUAUGGAAGUUAUUCAGAGACAGAACUUUACGGAACCAACUGCUAUUCAGGCACAAGGUUGGCCUGUUGCCUUGAGUGGACUGGAUAUGGUUGGCGUAGCACAAACUGGAUCGGGGAAAACACUGUCUGUAAGUACUUCUGUUUAGCUGUUCAGAUGACUUAAAUGAAUGAUAUUUUUUUCCUUGAACUAAGACCCUUCCUUUUUCCCCAACAGUAUUUGUUGCCUGCCAUAGUACACAUAAACCAUCAGCCAUUCCUAGAACGAGGAGAUGGGCCCAUUGUAAGUAUUGAACAACAUGAAAUUUGUUUUGUGGCAAGGGUAACGAAAACUUAACCUUGGAUGUCAUGGCUGUAGAAACUUGUAUUUGUGAUAGGAGCAAGCUGAAAGUUUGGGUUUUUUUAUCUUUGGGCUCAUGGGGGUGCAGCUUGAACAGGAGGACUAAAAUGGGCAGGGAUCUCCUGUUAAAGUUCUGCGAAGAAAUAAUGGGAGCAUGUCUAUUUCAUUACCUUUUUAAGCUGCUGAGUCUUCUCAGCAGCUUCCAUUUUUUCCUAGAGUGCCACAGAACAGUACUGCCACUGCAGUAUUGAUGAGUUUUGCUUUGCUCCCUAUGACCUUCCAGUGGCCAAAUUCCCUGUUACAGUAGUAUAAACACAGUUCAUUACAUCUUCUAUAGCAGUUGUUGAAGCCAUAUGAUUUAUUUGUCCAUCACAAACUUGCAGACAGAUGGAAAAAUGCUAACCAAAAGGCAUAAAGUCGUAAUGAGCUUUACUGCCAUAAGUGAAUCUGCACCAGUGUAUUUACUUUACUUUGAAGAAUGAAGUAAAAAAGUAAAGAAGAAUGAAGUAAAAAAUAGAAUGUCCUAUCAUUUUCAGUGCAAUCUGUACCAGUAAUUACCCAGAGUACAGUAUGACUAUAUUUGUACUUCUGUUCGCAGUGUUUGGUGCUGGCACCAACUCGAGAGCUGGCUCAGCAGGUGCAGCAAGUGGCUGCAGAAUAUGGCAGAGCCUGCCGUUUGAAGUCUACUUGUAUUUAUGGAGGUGCUCCUAAGGGACCACAAAUACGUGACCUGGAAAGAGGUAUGAAAAUGACAGCUGAGCAACGUUCUAGUAUGUUAAGCCUCACCAUGAUAGCUUAUAAGCUAUAAAGAGUGUAAAAUCAUUUUGAGAAAUGACUACUAAGUAACUUACAUUUUGCUUUCAGGUGUGGAGAUUUGCAUUGCAACACCUGGUAGGCUCAUAGACUUCUUGGAAGCUGGAAAAACCAAUCUCCGGCGAUGCACUUACCUCGUUCUUGAUGAAGCUGACAGAAUGCUUGAUAUGGGAUUUGAGCCUCAGAUUCGAAAAAUUGUAGAACAGAUUAGAGUAAGUUCACUAUUAUUGGACACAGUCGGGAAGUUGUGCCCAGGAACUUGCUAGUUCUAGGAGCUGGGCAACUGACCGAAUGUUUAAAAAUAUCCAUUUACUUCCAGCCUGACAGGCAGACUCUGAUGUGGAGUGCAACAUGGCCCAAAGAAGUUAGGCAGCUUGCAGAAGAUUUCUUAAAAGAACAUGUACACAUCAACAUUGGUGCAUUGGAACUAAGUGCAAACCACAAUAUUCUGCAGAUAGUGGAUGUAUGUCAUGAUGUAGAGAAAGAUGAUAAGUAAGUAAAAUUGGAAAUGCUUUCGGUUGAAAGAAUAGUUGAAGCAUUCUGCAGAUCUUUAAAUGUCUUAUACCCUGAAGUAAUUUGCAUUAAUCCCAUACUUGUGAAAGUUUUUGAUACUACUGUUUCUUACAACAGGCUUAUUCGGUUGAUGGAAGAAAUAAUGAGCGAGAAAGAAAACAAAACUAUUGUCUUUGUGGAGACCAAAAGAAGAUGUGAUGAUCUUACUAGAAAAAUGAGGAGAGAUGGGUAAAUAUUUCCAGUGAACCAAAUUAGCAUAGGCACUUGAAGGAAUAAUUCAGUUAAUUAAAUAUGAAAAAAAAUGUAUACCUGAAAUGUGGGGAGGGGUAGCCUAUUCCGUGGUACCCAUGCUGGUGCUGCAGAACCCAAAGCAGUUACGUCUCCCUACCAUAAUUCCAGAACUGUCUGGUCAAGAUUAAUAUAAUUCUAUAUUUCAAGAGCAAUGUUUUCCAAUAGAUUUUUAUGAAGUGUGAAUUUUGUAGCAGGAUAAGGACUAUAGAAGUGUCUUCCUGAUAAAAAUGGAAGAACUUGCUGGGGUAGGGGUGCCAUGUACGUUUACUGGCUGUGCAAGGACAAAAUAAAAGGUCACUGCUAAUGUAUUACUGGUUAAUUUAGUGACUUUGAUAAAAGAUACUUAUGUGACGGUAAAUAUUACUGCAGGUGGCCAGCAAUGGGUAUCCAUGGUGACAAAAGUCAACAGGAGCGCGACUGGGUUCUAAAUGGUGAGUAAUUCAGAACGGCUUCUAAAUUAUGAAUUCAGAGGGUUAUUCUGCUAGAAUACCAAAUCUUUUUUUUAAAUGAAUUAAUACGGUUUUCUUUGUUUCAGAAUUCAAACACGGAAAGGCUCCUAUCCUGAUUGCUACAGAUGUGGCCUCCAGAGGUCUAGGUUAGUACAACUAUUUUGGGUGACAGACAACUUUAAAGAAAGUUCGUUGCUUUCUUUAACCUCUGCAUUUUUCUAAGUUUUUUCACAUAAAGGUGCAGUCUUUGUGGCAAGGCCUAGGCAUGACAAUCGGAGGACUCGAGGGGGAUGGAGGACUAGUGGAAGUGAUCGUCUGGACGCUUCCAGUCCAAUAGAGAGGUGAAAGUUGAACAUUGUGUGCCAGUAAUCUUCAAAAGGCAAAGACAAAAACUACGAGCCCAUAAACUGUUCUCUCAAACGGUAGCAUCAUUCACGGUUCACUUUUGCCCGGUUAUUUCUACUGUUCCAUGCUUUGCAUGACUGCCAUGGUGCACUGCUGUUUAGUCUGUGUGCAUACUGUUUGCUGUGGUCCGUGAGUCUUUGGAUUUCAGUGAGUUUGCUGAAAUGUCGAAGAAUAAUUAAACUACAGUGAUCUCUGGUUUUUUUUCCAACUUUUGAAAUGGAGAGAGAGCAGCUUUAAAAUGUACUGAGCCUUGUACAAAUUGGUGAGUACUGGCACAUGAAAUUUGAAAGUCCACCUCUCAAUUUUACAAGUUGGGGUGGGAAAAGCAGUGGCUUUUCAAACCUGGAGUUCCUCCGUCACCUAUACCCUAACCGUCAUGUCGAGACCUGCCAGAGAGAGACACACACUCAAGUGAACGCUGGCUUCUUGGAAGCGCUUGCCUAGACGAGACACAGUGCAUGAAAACAACUUGAUGACCUUUCGGGGACAGGUAUGUUUUUCUUGCAGCUGCGGUUGAAAGGUCUUGGCAAGACAAGCAGUGUGGCCCUCUAUUAGAGCUUCUGGUGUGUGGCAAGGCCUCAUUUUUUUAUACCGAGGUCCUUUGGAGCACACGGAAGAGGCUACUGUGAACUUAUUUGGUCUUACUGCAAGAAGCAUUCAGAUGUCACUUGACUUGUUAGGGGCACUCUGGUAAGGAUUUAGAUCACGGGGUGAAUUGCAAAGAGGUUCAGAGGAGGGAGAGCAUCCAUGAUCUCAGGUGGUGUGGUUUUUAUUUUUAUUUUUUAUUUUUUUCAGGAAUAGAUAAUUAACAUUCUUUACAGCAGUUACCAUCUUAAAAUCUAUUACUGUCUAACUUGCUUUUUCAUCUGGCUGUUGUGGUGUGCAAAAUUUUGUACAUUGCUUUUUGCCGCACUGCAACACUUUACAGAUGUGGAAGAUGUGAAAUUUGUCAUCAAUUAUGACUACCCUAACUCCUCUGAGGACUAUAUCCACCGAAUUGGACGAACUGCCCGCAGUACCAAAACAGGCACAGCAUACACAUUCUUUACACCUAACAAUAUAAAGCAAGUAAGCGACCUCAUCUCUGUACUUCGUGAAGCAAAUCAGGCAAUCAACCCAAAAUUGCUCCAGUUGGUUGAAGACAGAGGUUCAGGUAAAUCUUGUCUUAGUAUAUUUCUAGUAUUUGAUUCUUCCAUUGCAUGUGUUAUUUAAUGGACAUCAGAAUUCCUUUUUGCCCUAAAAUGGAUCUUCCUGUAAUAUCACAGUAGAAAAUAACUCUUUAACAGUAGCUUUCAGUGCUUAAAUAUGUAACCAGUAAUGACGUGUUCAGUUCUAGUCCUUAUUCCUUUGUGGUUGUAUUGUUUUUAAGCUUUUUCAAAAUACAACUUUUGCCUUGCUCCCGUUAGGAGUUGGAGGUUCCAAAUUGCAACAAGGGGUUUUCUUAACUUGCCUUCUAAUUUUUCUGCAGGUCGUUCCAGAGGUGACCGACGUGACAGAUACUCUGCGGGCAAAAGAGGUGGAUUUGGUUUUAGAGAGAGGGAAAACUUUGAAAGAACCUAUGGUGCAGUGGGCAAGAGAGACUUCGGUGCAAAAGCUCAGAAUGGUGGCUAUGGUGCUCAAGGUUUUGGUAACGGAACUGCCUUUGGAAACAACUUUGGAGGAGCUGGCAUGCAGGGUGGAUUUAGGGCUGGCACACCAGCUUAUCAGAAUGGUUAUGAUCAGCAGUAUGGGAAUAACAUGGCAAACAUGCACGGUGCAAUGAACCAGCAGCAGUAUGCGUACCCUGCAACUGGCACCACGCCAAUGAUAGGUUAUCCAAUGCCAGCAAACUAUACCCAAUAACUUAGAAGUAUAUUUAAGUGUCUUGUUUUUCAUAAUUGCUCUUUAUAUUGUGUGUUGAGACAGGAUAGUUAUUUAAAAUCUUAUGGAACAUGCAGACAUGUCUGCAGUGCAGCUGUUAACUAUGGUGCACUUUUCCGCUAUUUAAGUUGAAUAUUCUCUACAUUCCUGAACAAUUUUUAGUUUUUUGUACUAGAAAAUGCAGCCAGUGUUUUCACAAAGUAAAUGUACAGUGAUUUGAAAUACAGCAACUGGGGGCAAUGCAUGGCCUUCCAAUAAAGAUAUUUGAAAACACAAUUGGUGUUCUAUAUGAUUCUGAGCACAAAUAAAUUAAGCAAGCUGA